CUCAACAGGCCCCAACCCAAGAAAUCAACUACCGGGCCUCUUUCCAUCUUUCGGCAAAGGCUAUUUUAGUCCGAGCAUACAAAAUUUUUUCGUUUCGCCUAUCGGACCAGAAAAAUAAAGGAGAGGAUCUGCAGUUCGCAUUAUUUGGAUCCCAAAAUAUCUCCAACCUUAAUUGCCCUGUCUACGAUUAGGGUUUAUUUCGAAUUCAUCAACUGCUUUAAUAUAAUUCUGUAAAACAAGAGAAGUACAGGAAAUGUACAACGGAAUAGGGUUACAGACUCCAAGGGGGUCAGGGACCAACGGAUACAUACAGACCAACAAAUUCUUUGUGAAGUCAAGGACAGGGAAGGUUGCUCAUAACACUAAAGGAUUUGAGGGCGAUCAGGGUACUGCUGGAAUCACGAAGAAGCCUAACAAGGACAUCCUUGAGCAUGACCGCAAGCGGCAAAUCCAUCUCAAGCUUGUCGUACUUGAAGACAAGCUCAUUGAUCAAGGAUAUACUGAUGUUGAGAUUGCUGAGAAGCUUGAGGAAGCUAGGAAGACUUUGGAAGCAGCCUCAGCUGCUGAGGAAAGUGGAGGAUCCGCUGCUGUGGUUUCCGAUAUGAAGGUCUCUGAUACACAGUCCCAUCAAAUUGCUGCUAGGAAGGAGAAACAGAUGGAAACAUUAAGGGCUGCUCUAGGAAUCAGAAUGUCUGAGCCUGAUGACCAAAAUGCUGAAGUCAUUGAUGAUGGACUACAAAAUGGUAGAAAGAAUGGCCCAACUGAUGAUAGCAAGUGGAGUGAGAAACAUGAACAUGCCUUUUUGGACAGAGGUUUUAGCCACAAGAAACGUUCUGUUGAAGACCCAAAUGCUGAGAAGGAUGAUAAGAAAAAGAGUAAGAAGAAAGAAAGAGAUGAAGUUAAUGAUUCAAAACCCUACAAGAAGGGAGAAAGCAAAAAUAAAAGUACUCAGGAUGAUUCAUCAGAUACGGAUAGCAGCAGGAAGCAUUCCAAAGCGGUCCAAAAGAAGCAUCGUGGAGUUAGAGAGGGAAGUGAUGGUGAGACUGACACUGACUCCGACUCUGACUAUGGUAGGAAUAGAACUUCAAAGAAGCAUGAGAAAACCAGAAGACAUGACAGUGAUAGUUACGAUGACACCGAUUCUGACAAUGGGAGGAAGAAGCAUAGGAUGUCAGAGAAAUCCAUGAAAAGUAGAAGACAUGACAGUGACGGUGAUCGCACUGAUUCUGACAAUGGGAGGAGGAAGAAGAAAAAAACUUUACAUAAAUUAACGAAAAGCCGAAGAUAUGAAAGUGACAGUGAUAGUUCGGCUAGUGAUGAUGGCUCUGAUUCUGAAGAUGGUAGGAUGAAAAAGGGAACUCUGGAGAAACCCAUUAAAAGCAGAAGACAUGACAGUGGCAGUGAUGUUUCUGCAAGUGAUGAUGACACUGAUUCUGGCAAUGAUAGGAAGAAGAAGAACAGAUCUUCAGAGAAGCACAAGAAAAGUAGAAGACAUGGCAAGGACAUAAAGGAUUCUUCAACUGAUGAUGAUGAUGAUAUUGGCAAGGUCAUCUCCAAACAGGAAGUUGAAAAAUCCAAUAAAAUCCGUAGGAGGCACGAGUUUGGUGAUGAUUCUAAGUUAUCCAAGCACAGAACUGAGGAGGCGAAGCAGCUUAUGAAAACAAGUGGACGGCAUUAUUCUGAAGAUGACUCUGAUUUUGAUGGUGAGGCGGGAAGGAAAAAAAGACCUCUUGGCAAGCUUGGAGAUGAGCAACAUGGAAGGUGGAAGACAGAAAUGGAUGAUUCUAUUUUGGAUGAUCGUUGGAAGAGUGAGGACAUACAUGGGACAAGCAGCAGAAUUCGGAGCAAGGUUGAUGAACCCCAGCAUGAAACUAGGAGGAAUGAUAAUGACCAUGAAGGGUAUGGAGGGGAGAAAAGGCAUACCAGGAAUGAAGUGGAUCGUAAAAGAGGAAGAUACCAAAGAGAUGUAGAGGAUGAUGGGUACCGGAGGCGUGAAAAGGAGGAACCCCAGCGUGAAAGUAGGAGGAACGAUAGUGAUCAUGAAGGGUAUGGAGGGGAGAAAAGGCAUACUAGGGAUGAAGUGGAUCGUAAAAGAGGAAGAUACCAAAGAGAUGAAGAGGAUGAUGGGUAUGGGAGGCGUGAAAAGGAGGAACCCCAGCGUGAAAGUAGGAGGAAUGAUAAUGAUCAUGAAGGGUAUGGAGGGGAGAAACGACAUACCAGGGAUGAAGUGGAUCGUAAAAGAGGAAAAUACCAAAGAGAUGAAGAGGAUGAUGGGUAUGGGAGGCGUGAAAAGGAGGAUGAUGAUCAACAGCAUGUAAGUCGAAGGCAUGCAAGAGGGGAAGAAAGGGACCGAAGAAGCAAAGGUCAUGAUGAUUGGGAUUACGAAGGGCGUGUAAGAGAGAGGAGGUCCCGUGGGGAUGAAGAGGAAGCACAUGGAAGGGAGAAGAGGUACCACAGGGAUGAGGAGGACUGUAAAGAGAGAAAGCAUGAAAGGGAUAAAGGGCUUGAUGACAGGUAUGGAAAGCAUGUAAAGGUUUAUGAAGACCAACAGGAUGGAAAUCGAAGGCGUAGAAGAGGUGAGGAAGAGGAGCGAGGAAGUUUUGAGAGGGAGAAACAAAUGGAUCACUCCAAGAGAGCAAGAUAUGACGAUUCCAGGUCAAAUGAGAGGAAACGGUUCGAAAAUGACAAGCAUAAUGAUGAUCUGUCCAGGCGUCGGGACUGAGAUGGCUAUAGUUUGUGCAGUAUUAUGACUGUGUUGGUUGCAAAAGGCUGGUUAAAUGGUCACCAGACAUAAUACCUCGAGAAAAUGGAGGACUAUCUAUUGAAUUUGAUGGAAGACGCAUCGCAUGAGUACUGCAAUCUCGUUAAUUGUGUUGCAUCCUUCAAGUUUCAGUCCAUACGAGUGUAUCAAAAGUUUGUUUAUUGUAGAACAGAACCUUUAUCUUGAUUUACAUGUCUAGCUGAUUGACUUUCUUGGUAGAAUAACUUGUAAUAUGCUGCCUUUGUCAGGAUCAUAAGGAUUGUAAUGUGCAUGUGCCGAUUAUAUUAUGUUUGGUUCCGAGUUUAUGAUAUGGCACUUUGUUAUUUAGCCA